CGGAAACUGGCGGUGUCACGUGACACGGGGAGGCGGAGCAGCCGUGAGGGGAGGGCGGAAGUGACGUCACGGCGCGGGAGCGAAGAGCGGCGGGAGGAAGACCCGGGAGCUCCGUGACGUCAUUUUUCCCCCCCGGGGGGCCGUGUGACGUCAUGCCGACCGUACUGGGCCUGGAGGGCUCCGCCAACAAGGUGGGCGCGGGGGUCGUGCGGGACGGCGCCGUCCUGAGCAACCGCCGCGCCACCUACGUCACCCCGCCGGGACACGGGUUCGCCCCCGGGCCCACCGGGCGGCACCACCGCGAGCGGCUCCUCGGCCUGGUCGGGGCCGCGCUCCGGGACGCGGGAGUGGGGCCGGCCGAGCUCGAUGGGGUGGCCUUCACCAAAGGCCCAGGCAUGGGUGCCCCGCUGGCCGUGGUGGCCACGGUGGCCCGCACGCUGGCCCAGCUGUGGGCGCUGCCCCUGCUCGCCGUCAACCACUGCGUGGGGCACAUCGAGAUGGGGCGGCUGCUCGGGGCCGCCCCCGACCCCGCCGUGCUCUACGUCAGCGGCGGCAACACCCAGGUGAUCUCGUACUCGCGGCGCCGGUACCGGAUCCUGGGGGAGACCCUGGACGUGGCUGUGGGAAACUGCAUCGACCGCCUGGCCCGGCUGCUGCAGAUCCCCAAUGACCCCAGCCCCGGGUACAACGUGGAGCAGUUGGCCAAGAGGGGCCGCCGGCUGGUCCCGCUGCCCUACGUGGUGAAGGGUCUCGACGUGUCCUUCUCGGGGCUCCUUUCCCACCUCCAGGUACCCCCAAACCACCCCCUGAGACCCCAAAACCCCCCCAAACCCGGGGGACCCAGAAAACACCCCCCUGACCCCCC